GCAGCAUUAUGGGUGCAACAAUUGUUUUGGCAAUUUUCGAAUGGCAUUUGUUUGUUUUGGAAAUCAGAUAUGUUUAGGCUCACAUCUAUGUGUAUCCCAAUGGAAGUUGUCAAUUUUACUCGCCAAUGAGGGAAUUAUUCUGCAAGCUGGUGAAAAAACAUGAAUGUACAUCCACAUUCGUUCAUUGCAUUAGUUGCAAUUGUCAUUGUGUGCCUACAUUAUGGUGUCACUGGAAACCUAGCUGAAAAUAAUAUCUUAAGAAAAACUUCUACAGAAUCUAAAGUCCCAGUGCCCAGUUAUGACUAUGGAGACUACUCAUUAGGAGAUAACAACCAUGAUGAGCAAAAGUAUUCAGGCAAUGAUUACAGGCCAUAUGACAAUUUCAUUGAUUAUGAACCAACUGAUAAAGAUAAUGACUACUUAAUCGAAGAUGACAACCUUCCCGUGAUCGAGCAGAAGUAUUUAGGCGAAGAUGAUGGACUGUUUAGCGAUUUCCUGAAGUAUAAACGAGAUGGAACCACCCAAAUGCAACCCAUAAGUGACCAUAUUGAACAUGAAGACAUUGACAAGAACUUGCUCAGUUAUAUAGACUAUCUUACCAAGACAUAUCAUACAAGUGGAAAAUACAUUCAUUCUGGGCAUCCACUGAUCAGUGAACAGUCAUUACAUCCCCCAUUAAUUGGACGAAGUGGUAUAGGUUCAUCACCAUUAAAAUCAUCACAAUCUAUAAGUAAUAGAGUAAAUAAAGUUUUUCCAAACCUCUCACAGAAACAAAAGUUUAUGAGAUACCAACAUCAAAGAACAAAUCCAUAUAAUGAAAACUACCCUGUUUUAAACGUAGAACAAAAUCACGGUUCAUUAAAAACCGCAGCAUUCCGUAACAAUAGAGCAGGCUCCAAAUUAAACACAACAUAUGCUUCGAAUUUCAAAUCAUAUAAAGUAAGCAGUACCUUGCCAACUAAGACUGCAAUCUUGCCCGGAAGUGCUCACAAAGACUUAAAUUUGAAGUUUCAUGCAAAGUCUCUAGACAACAUUACCUUGGUAGCUAGUACCAAAGCUGAGAGCACAAUUACUGCAUUUUUGCAAAAGGUACUUGGCAGACUAAAACACAUUAAAGAUCCUCAAGAACAAAGGACAUUUGCAAAUAAGUUUGUUGGCAGAAUGAACAGUACUCUUGAACUGCUACCACCAGAGACCACUCCUGCAUCUUCCACAGACAGGGCAGCAGAUGAUCCAGAUGCACCCCUUCUCUUCACACUACCAGAUGUACGAAGAGGAAUGUUGCUGGUUGAUGGGAAGAAAUUUCCUAUAAGGAGUCGUGUGGCAGUUACUGCUAUUGAGGAAUUUGUUAGUGACAUGGUGAAUAGAAUCAAUGGUGUGCAGGAUCUUCAACGCAGGAAGCAAAUGAAGCAGCUUUUCAUUGAGGAAAUGAAGCUAUUUGGUGAACACCAUUAUUCAGUAAAGUCUAGCACUUUGAGAGUUCCUGUGAAAGGGACUAAAUCUGCUGCACCAGGCAUUUCUAAGCAACAAGUAAAUAAAACACCUAAACAAAAUCCUGGAAACACGGCAGAGAGUAACGCUGACAGUAAAAGUCGUAAGGAUGAGUUGGCACCUGCAAAUGAACACCGUGUAGCACAAAUGACCGAAGCAUUCAUGGAACGAAAUAUUACCCUGCACAGAAACAGCAUUUUAGGAUUGGCUAUUGGAGCUGGAGCAAUUUUCGGAGGAAGUCUAAUUGCUGUGAUUUUGAUAUGUGUGAAAUACAGAGGUAUGAUCUUUAAUCAAAAUGGAAUAUGCUGCAGGUUGUUCCACUGUGUUCGGUGUGGCUGCUCUGCAUGCAAAAACAAUCGAGGGGACUCCGAGCGUGAAGGCAGCUCCAGGCGUGGAGCAGUGAAAAAGUUUUUUAGGGUAGUUCUAUUGGUAUUACAGAAGAAAAAGGCCGAGCAGGCAAAAGCACGAUCACAGUUCUGUGAGGAUAUGAACUUCAAUAAAACCAAGCCAAGAAAUCUGCUGGGUGCCAGCGAGAGUGAGGAGGAAUUAGAUCUCUAUAGGAAAACACCUCCUGUCAGUCCAAGCAAGAAGUUUAGAAGAACACCCUAAAUGCAUUCACCUUGCAUUCAUCAAGAAUCAUAAGGGAGGGGGGAUUUAUUGAAAAUAACUGAAAAUAAUCUAAUGCUAAGAUAAUCCAUAAUAUUAUGUAGGUUUAUUGCAAAGACGUAUACACAUACGCAGGUCUGCAUGCUUACAUGUGUG